UUGAUUUUGUUACUUUGGUUGAUUAACUUAAUUGUCUUUGUUUGAUUUUGUUUUUCUCUCAACUGGCAAUUUAAUUCAUUUAUUCAUCAAUGAGGAAAUGAUUUCUCCAUUAAUUAGUAGUAAUUUCUAUCCAAAAGUGUCUAGAAUUUUGUUACAAUCGUUAAGAUUUUGUAAGAAAAGAGUUGCCAGUGAUUCGGAAAAAUGGAUUCGUUUGGCUGCUUUUUAUCGUGAUAAAGAAGAUAAAUUAAAUUGUCAUUCUGAUUCUGAUUCAAUUAAAGGUUAUGAAAGUGGACGAUUAUCUACCUUUGAAGAUGAUGAAGGUAACCCUGUCUAUCCAACUGGAUCCUUAUCAUAUGCAAAAGCAUUAAAACCUCAUAAGAAUCGAUCAUAUCAUUUAAAGAGUCAUACCUUUCUUGAUAUUAAAAGUGUCAAUUUUGUUGGUGGUAAUGGCGGAGAUGGUGAGAUAUCAUUUCUACAUCUUUGGUGUAACGACAUGGCAGGACCCGAUGGUGGAGAUGGAGGAAAUGGCGGCCAUGUUAUAUUAAGAGCUGAUAGAAGAAUCAAAUCUUUAUCACAUUUAAUUUCAGUUUAUCGAGGAAAUCAUGGGGAAAGAGGAAUGAAUAAAGAUAUGACAGGAGCCUGUGGAAAACAUGUUCUCGUUGAGGUUCCUAUCAAUACACAGGUUAAAGAGCAAAGUGGGAAAAUGUUAAUCGAAUUGAUUAAAGAUGGUGAAAUGUUUAUCGCUGCUCGUGGAGGUGCCGGUGGAAAAGGGAAUCAUUUCUAUCUAACAAAUGAAAAUCGUCAUCCCAGGGUAGCUGAAUAUGGUGGUAAAGGAGAGACGCGACAAUUAAUUCUUGAGAUGAGGUGUUUUGCCCAUGCAGGUUUAAUUGGAUUUCCAAAUGUUGGUAAAUCAACUUUACUUCGGGCAAUUUCAAGAGCCACACCAAAGGUUGCUGAUUAUCCGUUUACAACUUUAGUCCCUCACAUUGGUGUUAUUGAUUAUUCGGAUUAUGAGCAAAUUGCAGUCGCUGAUUUACCUGGAUUAGUUGAAGGGGCUCAUCAAGAUAAAGGUCUUGGUCUUGAUUUCCUUAAACAUGUUGAAAAAUGUGUCUGCUUAUUUUACGUAAUCGAUGUUAGUUUAUCCGAACCAUGGAAACAAUUAGAAGCUUUAAGAUAUGAAUUAGAACAAUUUAGACCUGGAUUAUCUAAAAGACCCAAUUGUAUAAUUGCAUCUAAAUACGAUUCAGAUGAAUGGCAAGAAAAUCUAAAUUCAUUAAGAAAUUAUAUCUCAAAGGAAACUAAACAAGGUGAAUUACCAUUACCAGUGAUUCCGUUAUCGGGAAAAUAUGGUUACAAUUUAACGGAAUUUCUUAGACAUUUACGAGCCUUAUAUGAUUUAUACAAUAAGCCUGAAACAGAUGAAGAGGGUUUUAAUUGGUAAUCAGUCAAGACAAUUAAUCUUAACAAUUUGUAAAAAAAAACUUUCAUCUUCUUGUAACAAUUGUAAAAAUCAAAGUCAAACAAACUCAUUAAAUGAAAUCUCUUCGAGUAAUUUAACAUAGAA